UGCUUCCUUCAUCAUCAAAUUACCACUUCACCAUUUUCUUUGUGUUUUUUUUUUAGUUCAUUUCACUCAAAGAGAGAGAUUUAUAUACAAUCAUGGGCGAUUCUUCGAAAUCUUAUAUACAUAUGGUGCAGCAUCUGAUAGAAACGUGUUUGGUCUUCAACAUGACGAAAGAAGAGUGCUUGCAAGCACUUUCCAGGCAUGCAAACAUCCAACCUAUCAUCACUUCUACAGUGUGGAACGAGCUUGAAAAGGAAAACAAGGAAUUCUUCGAAGCCUAUUCAGUGUCUAAAAGCAAGAAAGAGCAGCGAAUGUCAGAGGAAGAGACAAGUCAAAUCAUCCAAAAAUGGUCUCAGAUUCAUCUAAAGAUACCGACAAAUGUGUUUAUUGCCACAGUUGUCUAUUAACGCUUUAGGAAGAAA